AUGGCCUCCGCCACCACUUUCUUCGACUUCACGCCUAAGGACAAGAAGGGGCAAGAGUACCCACUGGCGCAACAUAAAGGCAAGGUCGUACUUGUCGUCAACACUGCCUCCAAAUGCGGCUUCACACCUCAAUUCAAGGGCUUAGAGUCAGUAUGGAAGAGCGUCUCACAGAAAUAUCCCAAUGACUUUGUCGUCCUCGGCUUUCCCUGCAAUCAAUUCGGCGGCCAAGAUCCGGGCAGCGACGAUCAAAUCCAGGAGUUUUGCCAGGUCAACUAUGGCGUGACGUUCCCGGUGCUCGGCAAGACGGACGUCAACGGUGACAAAGCUGAGCCGGUGUAUGCCUGGAUGAAGAACGAAAAGCCAGGUCUUCUCGGCCUUCAGCGCAUUAAGUGGAACUUCGAGAAGUUCCUCAUCGACCGCGACGGGAAGGUCGUCAAUCGGUGGGCAAGCACGGGCAAGCCAGAAGCCAUUGAGAAGGACGUCGUUGCCCUGAUCGAGAAGACGAAGAAGCAGUAA